AUUUCAAAAAAAAGAAUGCGAAUAUGAAGAAACAGCUGAAUUGUUGACUACUAAAGCUGCUACCACUACUGCUACUGCUACCACUAAUAUUAGCCUAGAUGAGGAUGAUGAAGAAGGUUCAAUUGAUUUUAACGAAAUUUCCUUCAACUCAUCUACAAAAACUGAAGUUGAUGAUAGUAGUGAAAAAAGAUGGAUGUUAAAAAAUCAAGUGAUGGUAAAAGAAGUACUUAUACAAAUGACAAAAAAGACAAUUGAGCAGUCCAACUAUCAGAAAAAAGUAAGCGCACAUACUCUGAGCAUCAUCCGGCUUGGUCUAUCUUCGAUUAUUGACCUUUCUUCGGAAUUUGCUGGUGGCAUGCAUAAAUGGUUUGGAAAAGAAUGGAUAGUUCUUAAAGAAAAGGUGUUAUCACAAGUGAACAUCACAACAAAACAAUUUGAUAAGGAGAUUAAAAAUGACAUUAACAGAAUAGAGAAAUUUUGCAUUUCAUAUCAGUACUGGGAAAGCAGGGAUUAUGUUCUUGAGAAGUUGAAAGGGCAUUCAGAUAAAAUCAUGCAUCAACAGAUAAUGAGAAUUUAUUUUUUUGUGGGUGAGACUGUCUCUAGGGUAGCAUUAGCUAGAAAGAUUGAUUUACAAAUCAUAUAUAGAUCAGGUAAUAAAGAACUGAGUCAUUCAGAAGCUGCUCGAUCAACAACACCAAAUAAAGUAAUUAAGGAUCGUAGUAAAUGUAUGCGAACAAAUAAAUGUAUUCUUGACCAGUAUUUGAUGCAUGAUCUUUCAAAAGAAGCAGUUGAUGAUUCUGCUGUUUUAGGAUUACAAUUAGCUGCUCUCCAUGGUCAAAUCAUUGGUAUUGAUUUAGUAGAUAAUGGCCUAUAUUUUGGAUUUGAGGGUCCUGCAUUUAGGUUCCCUGCUAAACUUGAUGAUAUUACAACUUUGGAGAAAACUUUGGAGGCGUUAUAUUUAUUUAAGGAUAAUAUAAACCGUAAAGCAGAUGUAUUAUUUAAACUUGACAAUGAUAAUUUAAAUCCAUUUCAUGGAAUCUUUCAUACUGAGAAUACUUCAACACCAAAUCAUCACAAGGCCAGUUUUAUCAAACCAACAUGUUUCACCCCAACGAAACCAAAACAAACGGUUGUUGAAGAAAUAAAGACAUUGCAGUCUGUUAAUUUAGAAUUCUGCUAA